AUGAACCCCUUGCAGGAGUCUUACCCAUGCGAGCAAUGCGACAAGGUAUUCGGGCGUAAACACCAUCUGAAGCGCCAUAUCCUCACUCAUAGUCGGCCGCAACUCCAUCUUACUUGUGAGCAGUGCGGCACAGCAUUGACGCAACAGUGCUAUGACCGGGGACACUCCGGGUCGAAAGAGUUUAAAUGCCGCUUUUGUCCAAAGUCCUAUACUCGAAGGCAUAGGCUUGCAGCUCAUUUGAAGAAGCACCAUGAAGGAAAACAUAUAAAAACAGAGCCGUCGGACCAGACGAGUCCUUCAUCUCCGAAUCUUCAAGAUCCGAGCUCCAUCCCAUCAAACAUACGUACAUCACCUUCCUCAUUGAAUGAAGAUGGAACAAACCAGAGUACUCCAGGCCUGGCACUGCCUGCUACAAACCUCACUGCACAGGAUCAGAUCGAUGUCUCGCAUUAUGUUAUGGAAAUAUCAGAUGACUCAGAAAAUGAUGGAAAUGGCCUAACAUCGCAAGCAAGACCAUCUGCUAAUACUACACGUCCCCGGGCUCCUCGUCCGCGUGUCCCAGAUUCGGGUGCUCGUGCUCGUGCCCCUGCUGCCCCUGCUGCCCCUUCUGCUCCUGAUGCAGUCAGCUCUUUUAAGCCAACCCGCCAGUUGAAAUCGUCACUUCCCAAAAUGCGGCGUUCAGAUGAGCGCUUCCUGUUGCCUGAAUUCCGCUACAGUGUGAUGACCAACGCCUCAAUAUAUGAGACACUUAAAUCAUAUCUUGUGAGCCUGGGAGAAACAGAAGAUGCGACAUUCCCAUGGUGGAGGGUCAUCCAAGACUUCGUGCACUUGUAUUUUGAACACUUUGACCAUGGAUACCCCGUGAUCCACCCAUAUGCUCUAGAAUUCGGGCAUGACAAAGACUCAUGGAUGGUACUUUUAGCAGUGGUCACUGUUGGGAGUCAAUAUAGCGCUUUCGGAAAUGCCAGUCAGUUUUCAGCAUCUUUCGGAGAGAUACUGUGUCAGGCAAUAGCACAAAACCAACCUCAAUCACCCGAAUCAACAACUUUAUCCUAUGCACAAAGUGUGUUUCUUAGUGACGUCUGCCGGAUGUUUGGCGGGUCGCACAAAGCGCAGUUCAAGCUGCAGUAUGAGCGAAAUGUACUUGUCACAUUAGCUCGUGCCUUGAAGGUCGAUCAAUGCAUGAAAACGAAGACGUCACAAGCUCCAAGACAUUGGAGAGCCUGGCUGGCAAGAGAAUCUCGCAUACGUCUACUUCAUUGUAUCUUUCAACUCGAAUGUCUUCAGCUCAUUUUAUUUGAUCGUCAGCCGAUAUUUGGGCAGCAUGAACUCCCCGAGGAGUUUCCCUGCCGCCAAUCACUGUGGUGUCGUAGGAAUGCUGACAAUUUCGUCCAUGUGUACCAGUCUGAUCAAAAUCUACCACAAUCUCUACCAACACAACUUGAUGUCAGGAAAGCCAGUGAAACCAUGGCAGGGAUGGAUGCAUAUCGCCGAAAUCUCUACAUGCUGUCUCUUUACAGCGAGGAGAGAUUGUUCCUUGACAAAAUGUCAUUUUCUUCCAUCUGGAAAUCUAGCCUAACUGGCAUGCCAGUUCAGGAGCAAUGGGCACAUCUUACAUCAACCCCUUCAGCUCUGCGCGCAAUGAUGUUCCACUCGAUGGACCAAGUAUUCGCGGCCAUUCCCACCUCAGCCAAACCAGACUAUAUUGCCGCUCGAGAUGUCAUCCAUCAUAUACUAUGCCUUCUCCGGCAGGUGUCGCUUCAGAUGCUCGAGUCGUUUUCAGGGUGGCACGACGAGGACGUCGAAGUCGAUACAUCAAGAAAUAUUCUGAAACAUUGGAUGGAAAACAAUGCAUCUAGUGCCCGGAAAUGUCUGUGGCAUGCUGUAUGUGUUUACAGCACCUUGAAAGCCAAGCACAAAUUUGCCUGUCAUGAUCCUCUCUGUUUCCUGAUUGCUUUCCUCUAUAUAUGGGCAUUCGAUGCGCUCGUGGUCGCUCCUGAAAUGGAAAAGCCGCAAGCUUCAGCCAGGGAUGUUCGCUUGCUAGACACCAGAGAAAUUCAAAUUUGGAUUGCUGAAGGCCCAAAUACUCGGCUCAAUCUGGUUGGGGUCGGCAAUCUGACGGGCAAAGCAAGUUCCUUGCGUCUGCUCACCGAGGUGGGCCAAAUUUUCUCCAAACGCAAGUCCUGGUCUGGGCUUUGCCGUGGCCUUGCAGCUGGAGUUGAUCAAAUCCUGAUAAAACAGAUCACUGCUCAGGAAGUCCCUGAAGGGGCCUCUCAUGGAGACAAGGAUGGCCACGUGGCCUGA